AAUGUCAGAAUUUUAAUAAUAAUAAGUCCAUACAUCCAAAUUAGACCAAGAAUCAGCUACCAAUGCUAAAAAUCAUUUACUUUUAGUUAAUGUAAUUAGAUUUUUAAUUUUUUUAGAAUAUUACUGAUCUGUCUAAUGAAUUGUUAUAAAGCUAUAAACAUGAGAUUGAUCAAUUAAAAUAGGAGUUACAUCUGAUGAAAUAGAGAAUAACAAAUAAUAAUGAAGAAAUAAAGAAUACAACAUAGCCAACUCUUGAUGCUAUGCUAAGAGAUUUAAGACAAGUAUCAAAUAACAAUGAUAUAGGCAAUAAAUACAUAAAAAGAUGAGAAUUCUAAAUUGUAAAGUUAAAUAACUGAAUUAAAAAAAGAAAAAAGCUAAAUUUAGCAGUUAAUUUUAGCAGCAACAUAAAAAGUAGCAGAACUCGAACAUUAAGUAGGAAACUAUACGUCAUCAUGAU